GAUCAUUUGGAAAGCGAUUUCAUUCUCGUUAUGGUUGCUUUUAUAGCCUAAAUCCUAACGACCUGACUGGAAGUGACAGGUGUUGCCCAUCAAAGACUCAACACCGUUUGAUCAUCUGGCCUGGUGGCGUUCGAAGAGUUCCAUGUAGCAUGAAGGCAUAUUGUAUCAAAAUGGCAACGCCACCGUUUCAGUGUAAUAUGCCCUUGCUUCUGGCCAUAUUCUUUUCCAUUUUAUCAAACGCCCAAUCUGUCAUGGCUCAAUAUACCAAUCAUACAAACUUUACUAUGGGGAACGACACUUUAUCAACAAUUGAGAGAGUUGAAGGAAACAUCACAUAUAAUGACACGACUGGAGUGCGGGCCUUUCCUCCCGAGACGGAGAUAGAGACGCGCAUCAUCGGGGGUCAGGAGGCCUGGGCCCACUCCUGGCCGUGGCAGGUGUCCCUGCGCUUCGCCACCAUGCACGCCUGUGGAGGAGCCAUCCUCUCUGAACAGUGGAUCGUCACCGCUGCGCACUGCUUCAGAAGGUACAAAGAGCCCAUGUUUUGGACAGCAGUGGCUGGAAAACAUGAUCUAGAUAACCCCAAUGAGGCCUGUGAGCAGGUACGCGAUGUGGCCUUAAUCAUCAGCCACCAUAAGUACCAGCGUCUCAAAAAAAAAAAUGAUAUUGCCCUGGUGAAGCUGACCCUCCCUUUCAGCUUUGACACAUGUGUGAGGUCUAUCAGUCUCCUCACUGGGCCUCUCCCAGUGAUGCGGAAGUGCACGAUCACUGGCUGGGGAUCCACAACAGAGAAUGGACCACAUGUUAGUAAGCUGCAGGAGGUAAACGUCACCAUCCAGCCCCAGCACACCUGCAACACCUUUUACUAUGGCAGGGUCAUGAACAAUAUGUUCUGUGCGGGAGAGGAGAAAGGAGGAGUGGACGCGUGUCAGGGGGACUCCGGUGGUCCUCUGAGCUGCUUCAGGGGCCGGGGGUACGAGCUGGCCGGAGUGGUGAGUUGGGGAUUGGGCUGUGGGCGACAGCGGAGGCCAGGGGUGUACACCAAGCUUCAGGCCUACAGACGCUGGAUGGACAAAGAAAUGAAGAGUUACAAGGACUAUAAUCACUUGGGUACAUACAGGUAUUCAGAUGAUCUAACUCCCACAGCCUACUGUGGCCAGGCCAAGAUGAAGCCCUGCAGGCUCAGUAAAGUCUCUGCAGAGGUGGUGAAGAUAGGAGAGGAGGUGGGCAAGGAUGGGCACAGGGUGCUAAAGGUCAGCACAGCUUGCCCCUUCUCCUGGCCCUGGCAGGUCAGCCUGCAGCACGGGGGUGUGCACUACUGCAGUGGCACCCUCAUCAGUCCCCACUGGGUGCUGGCACCCACGCACUGCUACUGCAGGGCCAAGUUGGAUGCGAUCAAUCUGGGUGUUCACGACCUCACAUUCAAGGCCUCUGAGACUAUCGUGGAGGAGGUGGUCAGCAUGGAAGGAGGCGUGAGCUUCCCGCCAGCGUUCGACCUCAGUCUGAUCCGGCUGAGCGAUCCGGCUCGUUUUGGCCCCACCAUUGCUCCUGUGUGCAUGCCUGAUGAGGAUGCUGAACCUGAUGAGAGCUGGUCAUGUGUGACUACAGGCUGGGGCUCUACUGAUGCAAUGUCCGGUGUGAAUCCAGCUACUCUACACCAGGCCCGUGUCAAUAUAGUGAAUAAGACGUCCUGCAGAGCAGCGUGGGGAGAGGAGCUGAUACUGAACACGCACAUCUGUGCCAGCGCUGCCAGCUCCCCAGCCUGCAUGGGGGAUUUUGGCGGACCACUUUUGUGUCUAAGACAUGGAGUAUACAGUCUUGUUGGCAUGGCAACAUGGUCUAGUAAGACAUGUGACCCUAAGAAACCUGCUGUAUUCACCAGAGUAUCUGCGUUUCAGUCUUGGAUUAAAGACAAAACCGAUAGCUGACAAUAAUAAAACAUUUUGAU